UAGUCUCUUUGACGAUUUUCUGGGUAACAAACGUAGGUAUAGACGAAGAAAAACAGCAAUGCUGUCCUAUUUGGGAUUAACUACUGGUACAGGUUUCUGGAAUGACCUGAUUGCGUAGGAAAACGUCUGGUACAUGCAGGUUGCCGCGGCUCCGACAACAAAUCAUUGUCACAUACACACCUCCCAUGGGUUACGAGAACCAGUCGAAAUAUUUAAAAUAUACUUCUCCUCAGCUGUGCUGUUUGCGUUCCUUCUUCUCUUAACAAAAAUCAAUACCCGUCUUGCCAACCUCCUUCCAACCUCCUUCCAACCUCAUCGUCUUACCCCCUGAAAGUAAACCAUGACGAGUGCCGAGGUAGACGAUUCGUGCAUUGUAUGCAAUACGUCUAAUGCCCGCUUUUGCGAUCGCUGUAAAGAUACUCGCUACUGUUCAAAAGCAUGCCAACGUGUCGAUUGGCCCACCCACAAGCUUCUCUGUACAGCAUUUUCAAAAUUUGACAUUACGAAGCGACCUAGCAAGGAUCACCUCCGAGCAAUCUUUUUCCCUGUUGACAAGGAGAAGCCCGAACUUAUCUGGCUUCAUUGUCCUUGGCGCGACGAUGAGGAGGAUGGGUGGUAUCAGCAUCCCGACAAGAAGCCAUUCCUAGGCGCAGACACGUUUCCUAGCACGACAAGUAUCCAGCGCAAUAAGAUCUUGGAGAGAAACCUUUCUCAUACAAUCGACGUAUGUUAUCGAGAUGGUUUCCUCGUCGACGGGUCAAGUGCCAAUAAGAGUAUCGGAUCUAUCACUUCCACGAAACCGUACCAAUCUCAUGAUUGGCGAGGCCCCGUGCUGGCCUACGGAAAGAAGGGGCUUGGUAUUGACCAGAUCGCCUGUGAUGACCUUGGUAUGAAUGACUUCCGACAUGUUGCUGAUUUCUUCAUCUCGUAUGGUCUUGAUCCGGUGUCUUUCGAUCGGCAGUUUGUUGGCGAGAAGAUAAAGGGUAUCAGGAUUAAUUGUAUCGGCGACCAGAGGAUGUGCGGGAGGCCCAAGUUUGAAGUAGUCGAGAUCACACCGACAGAUCCGAUCUUCCUCAUCAACGACGUCUCUCAGAUUAUGAAACGCGUUGAGCUUCCCAUCAUUACACGACGUUGCCUCCCAGACCAAAGGUGGGCCAACAACAAGAACUACGGGCCCUUCGAAGGUAUCGAUCCCUUCACCAACCAGGAAGCUACGUACCUGCAUCUAUGCUGCGACCCGAAAGGCGACGUCGACCUUGCAACGGGGAAAUUGGGUUGGGGAUUUGCUCCCCUGCAAUGGCAGAACAGCGUAGGGAGCGUCAUCGUCGCACGUCAGGAUAAGAAGCCACUAUUUCCACUACACAUGGAGGCGAUGUGCAAAUACUGCCGUUACGAAGCAAAUGAUCUAUUUCGUCACUCCAGCGGAGAAUUCGCACCGGAAAAGCCAAUAGCAAAAAGUGAUGUGUUGACUAUGAUUUGCCGGCCUGCUUUUGUCAUCUUUUGGUAUAAGAUGCUGGAGGAGAGGCGAGAAAAGGGGCAGGAUGCUAACACUCCAUACCCCUAUUACGAUAUGCAUGUGUAAUCUCACGUAUAGUGGUUCUGUACCUUCAAACCCCUGAAUUCGAAUGACGUCCCCUCGCGCUUCUCUAGAACGGUCUUGUAGUGAACAUCCUUGACCCGUGCUCGCACAUACUCAGUUCCAGAUACUACCGGCUUAUUGGGAUCCCUGUCUCCAGGCGGAACAAGGCCCAGUCGGUCCAAUAGAGGGGAUGGGACCGUCUUCAUCGCUGUGCGAGCACCCGGUCGGCUGAAGUAGAGCAAGCCAAGACGUGGUAUGUUGAUCUGAUCUUUCGGCGGCGUGACUACGCGAUGGAUAGUGGAUUUGAUAAAGCCUACGUGCUCACGUCAGUUGAGCGUGGGAUUCAUCGAUCCGAGAUGUGGACUAACCGUUGGUAAGAAAUGUCAACGUAUCCGCCGCGUUGCAGGUAACUGCAAUUCUCUAGAUUAGUAACUCGUGUCUUCUACGUCGGCCUAUCGUCAACAGGUAGGAUC